AUGAAUGCGUCUCUCCUCUUCCGCAGAACUGCGCCAGGCAUCUCGACUGCCUCGCUUCGUCGCCGGUGCCUCAGCACGGCGCUGGGCGACACGCGAAACCCCCUGACUGCCAGAGUCUGCACGGCGGCUUCGGGUGUAUCUGCACCAUCCUCGGGUGUCCGCGCACCGGCGUUCCAGCGAACAGAGAAGACGUUUCUGAGCAGCGCGGCAGCCUUGCAGCCCAAGGCUGGUCCUGCGCCCGAAUACCGCCGCGUCCCCUUCGUCAAGGAAGACAUGGAAAAGGUCAUGGAAGAGGUUCCAGAGUUCAAGUACUACUACGUCGGCAAGGAAAACACCAAUGGUAACAUCUACGAAGGCAUCCCACUCGACAAAAGCAUUCUGGAACCUUCCGAGAUCCGCGACUAUGUCCCCCCCAACAGCAACAUCCAAUACUCGAAGCUGGACAACGGGCUGCGCAUCGCGUCGAUGGACCGCGGGGGCCUUACCGCCUCGCUGGGCCUUUUCGUGCAUGCAGGCAGCCGCUUCGAGGAUGUGACGAACUUUGGAGUGACGCACAUGAUCCAGAACCUCGCGUUCGCCUCCACCGCGCACCUCUCGCAUCUUCGCACGGUUAAGACGAUCGAGGUCUUGGGUGCGAACGCCGGAUGCGUCGUUGGACGGGAGCACGUGGUGUACAGCGCCGAGUGCCUGCGGUCGCACAUGCCGUUGCUGGUUCCCAUGCUCACCGGAAACGUUCUCUUUCCGCGCUUUCUUCCGUGGGAACUGAAAUCCUGCAAAGACAAGCUCAUCAUGGCCCGCAAGCGCCUCGAGCACAUGCCCGAUCAAAUGGUCUCUGAGCUCCUGCAUACGACAGCUUGGCACAACAACACCUUAGGCAACAAACUGCACUGCACAGAGCGAAGCCUCGGCUAUUACAACCCCGACGUCAUCCGCCACUACAUGCUCCAGCACUUCUCCCCUGAGAACAUGGUGUUUGUUGGCGUGAACGUGAAUCACGACGAACUGUGCACGUGGCUGAUGCGUGCAUUUGUGGACUACAACGCGAUUCCGCCGACGAAGAGAACUGUUGCUCCUCCUGUGUACACUGGAGGUGACGUUCGCCUGGAGACGCCGUCGCCGCACGCACACAUUGCCGUUGCCUUUGAAACACCGGGCGGUUGGAAUGGCGGCGACCUCGUGGCGUACUCUGUUCUGCAAACGAUCAUCGGCGGAGGAGGCGCCUUCUCGACGGGCGGUCCGGGAAAAGGCAUGUACACGCGCCUGUACUUGAACGUCCUGAACCAGAAUGAAUGGGUUGAGAGCGCCAUGGCGUUCAACACACAGUACACGGACUCGGGCAUCUUUGGGCUGUACAUGCUCGUCGAUCCCACCAAGUCUGCGAAUGCCGUCAAGGUGAUGGCCGAGCAGUUCGGAAAGAUGGGCUCUGUGACGAAGGAGGAAUUGCACCGCGCGAAAAACUCACUCAAGUCCUCGAUUUUCAUGAAUCUGGAGUGCCGCGGCAUCGUCAUGGAAGACGUCGGUCGCCAGCUGCUGAUGAGCAACCGCGUCAUCUCGCCGCAGGAAUUCUGCGCAGCAAUCGACGCCGUCGGCGAGGCUGACAUCAAGAGAGUUGUCGACGCCAUGUACAAGAAGCCUCCAACCGUCGUUGUCUACGGAGAUGUUUCGACGGUCCCGCACUACGAGGAGGUCCGCGCUGCUCUCCGAGCGGCGGGUGUCGGCAAGUAG